GAAAGGCUUCUUCAUCAACACAACGGAUUGCUUCCUCUUCGUCUUCUUCCUCUUCUCUAAACAUUCCCCCGUAUGCGUCUGACAACUUCCUCUUCUUGAGAUAACUAUGAAGAAGCCAUCUCAAUUCAGAUCCAAUCAUACCCUUCUCUUCUUUCUCUGAUCACCAACCAAACAACGAUCCAGCUUCUGUAAUAACAAGGGAAUAACGUAAAGAAGAAAAAAGCUUCAAUGAUUCGUUAACUCUCUCUAUAAACCCUUUUUGAGGAUUUGUUGAGUUCUUAGCAGAAGAACAAUGGCGAUGUUGGUUGACCCACCAAACGGGAUCAAACAACAAGGGAAACAUUACUACUCCAUGUGGCAAACUCUGUUCGAAAUCGACACCAAGUAUGUUCCCAUCAAACCCAUUGGAAGAGGAGCUUACGGUGUGGUCUGCUCUUCGGUCAACCGUGAGACCAACGAGAGAGUCGCUAUCAAAAAGAUUCAUAACGUGUUUGAGAAUCGUGUUGAUGCUUUGAGGACGUUGAGAGAGCUCAAGCUUCUUAGGCAUGUGAGGCACGAGAAUGUGAUCGCGCUUAAAGAUGUUAUGUUGCCUUCGGUUAGAUCCAGUUUCAAAGAUGUUUACUUGGUUUAUGAGCUCAUGGAUACUGAUCUUCAUCAGAUCAUCAAAUCUUCUCAGUCCCUUUCUGAUGAUCACUGCAAGUACUUCUUGUUUCAGUUGCUAAGAGGGUUGAAGUAUCUUCACUCUGCAAACAUCCUUCACCGGGACUUGAAGCCAGGGAACCUCUUAGUCAACGCUAACUGCGAUCUAAAGAUAUGUGACUUCGGGUUAGCGAGAACAAGCCAAGGCAACGAGCAGUUCAUGACGGAGUACGUGGUUACACGUUGGUACAGAGCUCCUGAGCUUCUUCUCUGUUGUGACAACUACGGAACCUCCAUUGAUGUCUGGUCGGUAGGAUGCAUCUUCGCGGAGAUUCUUGGUCGGAAACCGAUUUUCCCGGGGACUGAAUGUCUCAACCAGCUUAAGCUAAUCAUCAAUGUUGUUGGUAGCCAGCAAGAAUCUGAUAUUCGGUUUAUCGAUAACCCGAAAGCUCAAAGGUUCAUAAAGUCUCUUCCCUUCUCGAGGGGUACACAUCUCUCUAAUCUGUACCCGCAAGCGAAUCCGUUAGCUAUAGAUUUGCUGCAGAGGAUGCUUGUGUUUGAUCCAACCAAGAGAAUCUCCGUGACUGAUGCCCUCUUGCACCCUUACAUGGCGGGUCUGUUUGAUCCUGGUUCUAACCCUCCUGCUCAUGUCCCUAUUGCUCUGGACAUAGAUGAGAACAUGGAGGAACGAAUGAUUAGAGAGAUGAUGUGGGACGAGAUGCUUUAUUACCACCCUGAAGCUGAAACUGCGAGUGUUUAGCUGUCAUCAAUCAUCAUCGAGAGUAUGCUUGUUCCAGUCUUUUUUUUUUCUUAUGAAAUGCAGCUUUGUUGUUAUGUUAUAUAGUGAGUCCACAAACAGUGAGUGAGUGAGUAAGAGAGUUUGAAGGGCUGAUCAGUAUCUCUUUUCCACUUUGUAAACGUGAAUCGCUUGAGACUGUUUGUUACUAAGUUAAGGCUUGUUCUCUUA